ACUUAGUAGGCUGUGUCUGUACAUCAUUUGAAGUGAAAUUAUUAAUUAGCUAUUUCACCUCGCGCAUCUCUAUUUAUCUCCUCCCCCAAGAAAGCCGGCAUAUCUGAAUUCUGGAACAGUCCACCGCUCGAAGAUGUCGCUGUUUGGUCUGAUAGUCUCUGGACGCCUGCCCCAAUCCGAUUUUGUGGCCGUGGACGCCACUAAGCUGCUUGUGAAUGUGCCCGACAUCGAAUCCGUCAACUACUUGGUAGUAUUCCUCACCGGCGUAUCGCCCCUGCCCGUUGGCACCUCCGCCGCGAUAUACUUCAGCUGGCCAGACGCGAAUGCAGCACCCACAUGGCAGUACCUGGGACACAUAAACAACAACAAGCCCUCCGCCAUCUUCAAGAUCGCCCAGCUGAAGAAGAGCCACGAGCUGGAGGCCCAGGCCCACGGGAUGGUCUUCGGCAGCCAGGAGAUCUCACACAUCGCACAGAUUGGAGUUUCCCUCGAACCCGAGCUAACGGUGGCCCAGCAGACCCCAGCCGUGUCCACUGCCAACGACAACAAACAGUUUGGACAGCGAAUGCUGGAGAACUUCUUCAACUACGCCUCCAGCUUCGGAGUGGCAGCCAGAGACAUUCCGCCCAUCUCGAGCGAGACCUUCGUGCCGUUCUCCGUCGUCCAGAACUGGUAUACGAAUUUCCAGCGUCGCAUGGAACAGAACCCAAACUUUUGGAAGUACUGAGCACAAGACAAUGGAGGCGUCGCCUCCGAAAGUUGUUGAUAUUACAAGUAAAGUUUUAUAUUUAUAUUCUUUCUGUA